AUGUCACUGUCUACUCCAACAGCCAGCGCUGCUGCCAAGAGGGACUUAAACAUUGCCAAACGUACUCUCACAACACCCCAAGACCCUCCAUACAAUGGUGACACUGGUUCAUUCCUGGUUGCUCAAUACGUCUGGGCGGAAUGGGUGCCUCUUGGAUCUGGCGAGGGGUCAGUCCCCACGGCGUUGUACCAUGAGCUCAAGAACGAGAAGUACGACAUGGCCGUACAAGGUCUCUACGGCUGUACCUCAGUGGUCGUUGUAUCAGAGAAGGCCGUAUAUAUGUCCCAUUUCUGGGAAGUCCCUGGAUUCAGCCAUGGUAACUGGGGUAUUGGAAGCCAGGAGCGCUUUGAACAGGAGGUCCUGAUCCCCCUGGCAAACGGUGGUGGAGCAAUCCCCGGACUUCGACAAUACGCAGGUCCCAAUGGCCGGUCGGAAUAUGACAAGGCAUAUGACAAGAAAGUCGAUCAGAUCGUGGAGAAGGUGAAGAAUAUUCUCGGGGUCAGCACUCCUCCUAUUCCCAUCACAUAUACCCGCACUGGAGGUACCGACUACUUCACUCCCCAGGGCAAGGUUCUCUUCCAAUAUGACCCAGUUCAGUCGCGUCAAGCUACGGAUUCUUGUUCUAUCCAGCAAGCCAUGCAACGCAUCUGGGUUGAAAAUAAGCCUCGUUAUGUCCAUCAAAUGUACUGGGUUGCAUAUGACGAUCAGAAGGUUGCUCAGUCGGGCAACCAGAAGCGAGACUGUCCAGCCGAUUCGACCCCCGGUGGGCAGGUUCCUCUGUCUUCUGGACUUGGGGUUAGCCCCACCAGUUUCAGUUACUCUCCCUCUAGUAUCAACCUACCAAGCAGCACCCUGGCAUCGACACCACGUCCUUCUCCUACUUCAUCGCCGACUAGUUCGACACCCGACCAGUUCUCGACUCCUACCCCUCCUCCAACAUCAACAACCGUACCAGCUACCACAACGGAGCCAAUGCCGACUAUAGAGCAGACCACAAGCUCCGAUCCACCAACUACGACUGCCGAUUCUAGGACAACAACCUCCGAAUCUCCGUCACCUACCGCACAGCUUGUAGUCGCCUAUGUCGUUGACGGAUACUACAAUAACUGGAGCGUAUAUACACCAGAUAUUGAUGAUGACAGCCCUGGCUGGUGUGACGGAAGUGCUGGGGAAUGGGAUGCCAGUGGCGAUAUCUCGCUAAAGGACGUCCCAUACCCUGAUGGUGACAAUGACUUUGACUUUGAUGUAGAUGACAAGAGUGGUUGUUCCUAUUCUUCUGACUCGGAUGAGGGCGCGGGGACACUGAGCUGUCCUGAUUUCUCGGAAGAUGUGCAGUGUACUGAGUACGGCGACCAGAGCGAGCAGGACUGCUAUGAUGUCGCGGCCGCGAUGAUGGUUGUGCCCAAGGUUCUGUGCCAGUGGGGCUAG